UGAGCUUGGCAGGGAGACAGAUUUUCAUACUAAUCGUCUUAGACCCAAUAGUCCUUUGAUGAACUAAAACCAGUACUUUUAACUUAAAAUGCACGCACUGCUUCAAAUUUUCCUCUUUAGCACCAUACUGUCAAAUGCAGGCUCCAACCCAGACAUAUACCGUCCUGAGAUUGCAGAGACAAUCACAGUUGACCAGUCAGGUCAGGGGGAGUUCACCACGGUCCAGAGCGCUAUCGACUCUAUCCCAUCGGGCCGUACUGCUUGGACAAUUGUCAAAAUAAACGCAGGCAGAUACAACGAGAAGGUCACAAUUCCCAGGGACAAACAAUUCAUUUUCCUUCAGGGAGAGAGCGCAAGGAACACGGUAAUUCAGUGGAGCGAUGCAGGCGAACCAUUUCAAAGUACUACAUUGACGGUCCUAGCUGAGAAUUUCAAGGCGAGAAAUAUUGCUUUCAAGAAUGCGUACAACGAAGUUCUACGGCGCGACGGGAAGCCGAUCGAAAGGGCGCCAGCAGCUCAUAUACAUGCUGACAAGGCUUCUUUCUAUCAAUGUGCCUUCGUCAGUCUGCAGGAUACAUUGAGUGACAGCAUAGGCCGCCACUACUUUGAGUCGUGCUACAUAAAAGGCGCAAUUGAUUUUAUUUGGGGCCGGGGCCAAUCCAUCUAUCAGAACUGCAAGAUAAAUGCAAUUGCAGCAGUUCUGGGAGGUACGCCAGGCUACAUUACAGCUCAGGGAAGAGAGAGCUUGGAGAGCAGUGAUGGCUACAUUUUCAAUGGAGGUUCUGUGGUGGGGACGGGUUCGACUUACCUCGGUAGAGCUUACAGGGAGUACUCUAGGGUCGUGUUCAAUGGGACGGAUUUCUUGAACAUUAUCGUGCCUGAGGGAUGGUCUGCCUGGGACUAUACUGGACACGAGGAGCACAUCACCUACGCAGAAAGAAAGUGCACUGGACCGGGGUCGGACAUGUCACGGCGGGUAAAAUGGGAGAAGACUCUGUCGGAUGGAGAUUAUCAUUUACUGACAGACAUCAAUAAGUUCAUCAACCAAGAUGGUUGGCUGCAUGAGCAACCUUGAUGAACCGUAACUUUGUUUGGUGGAUCAUCUCUAGUUUGCAAUAAGAACUAGAGAGAGUAACUAAAAGUCGAGUCAUUUGUAACCCAAAAAAAAAAAGUUCAACGCUCUAGUUGAAUAUAUGGAAGGAAAUUGAAUCGUUAUCGAGCAUA